GAUUCAAGAUUGAAUUGUGACUGAACGUUGAUUGGCUAAUUUGAAACCAUGUGUGGUCGAACAGUAGUGUCGGGAGAUUCGAAAACACUCGCACGUCGCUGUACUUACUCGAAUCGAAACGCCGAAAGUGUUCAGCCCAAAUGGCGCUCAAUUUCAACCAAUCGGAGAGAAGAACGAGAAAGUAGUGACAAUGAUGCAAAUGAAAAUCAGCAAGUCAGAAAAACUUCGGAACAUUUUUUUGAACCAAGUUUUAACAUUGGACCACAAUCCAAGUUACCUGUGUUGGUGUCUUCGCUAAAUCUGUUGACUGAUUUGCGUGAAGAUGAGAAAAGUAGCGAUGACGAGAGGUGUUUGACGGCCAUGAGAUGGGGUCUGCAAAGAGAGUUUAUGAAGGAUUCCAGUACCAAGUACAGCACUUUCAACUGUCGGGCCGAAACUCUGCUCACUGGUCCCUCGCAGUCGCAGCUGUUCAAGCAGCCCCUCUCUCGUGGCUUCAGAUGUGCAGUAGUGGUGGAUGGCUUCUUCGAGUGGAAAACAUCAGCAGAAGACAAGAAGCAGAAGCAGCCUUAUUUUGUACACGCACCACAGUCGAAAGAGUUCGAAGGUAAGUUUGAGACUGCCGAAGACAAAGAUGAAUAUAGAAAAAUGCUGGUAAUGGCAGGCAUCUACAACCCCGUCAAAACAGCCGAAGGUGAAACAGAAAAUACAUGCACGAUCAUCACAGUUGAAUCAUCUCACGAUCUCAAAUGGCUCCAUCAUAGAAUGCCCGCUAUUCUGCCGGAUGAUGGUUCAAUCCAGAAAUGGCUGGAUGCAAAAAGUGUAUCUACUAAUGAAGCCUUGAAGUUGCUGAGCCCUUUUUCUGGACUUCAGUUUUACCCAGUUGAUUCAAAAGUGGGUAACAUCCGCUGCAAUGAGCCGAGUAAUUUGGAAAGAGUUGUCGUCAGUCGGAAAAGAAAAGGAGAGAAAGAGAGUAAACUGAUGUUGAAUUGGCUGAAGUCGGCAAAAACCUCUUCUAAUUGAAACGAUGAAUUGUUUUUGAAUGUCUGAUUUAGUUUACCCUGUUUGUUUGUU